AUGCUUCGUCAACUAAUGCGGUCGAGUCCACGCCAGCUGGACAGCUCCAGCGCGUUAUCGAGCAAUGGGAAGAAUGGUGAAGAGCGCGGACGAAGGCGCGUUGGUGGGCGUCGCGGAAGAGCGCGCUCUCUUCCAUCAUCGGUAGGCCGUCAGUCUACGCUCCGGAGCGGCCAAACUACGGAUCCUCUUGAGUUGGUGGAACGUUAUGGACCGGGUAAGGAGGUGUUGAAUGACUGCCGAAUCGUACCUCCUCACUUGAAUGAAGGCCACUCCUCAAACGCAAUUGCGAUGAUACGACAAAGGCCGAGGCCUGCCCGGCCCUCACACCGAUCGUUAUCGCCAUCGGCGGCGGCGUGUUCAGAACGCAAGGUGAAAACGCCGUAUGACAGCGACACAACCGCGAGGCGAAGGUCGAUGCCAAGGACCUUUACUACGCGAGAGAAACGGAGUAGCUGCACAUCAGCAUCAGAGGCACUCUUACGUUUCCGCGAUAGUGAACUCACCAGCUCGUUCUCUAAAACUCCUAAUGACGAAGCUUUUUCGAAAUUCUCCUACGGCGGACGUGGCCCUGGUGCGAGAGGAGGCAACAGUGUCUCAAGAAGCUCAACAGAAGUGCCACUGGUAACGACUAGUCCAGCUAAAACAGCGCAACACCUGAAUGUGGCGGACACCCCCCUGCCACCGCCUUUACGCAUGGAGAUUACAGGCCGCUUGGCGACAUGGAACCACGGUUGUCAUGUGAGAGCGCUGCAUUCGUCAUCGUCCCCGCUAGCCUAUAUAGAUUCCCCCCGCUCUCGCUCGAGAACCCUACAGUCAGGAGGUCAGCGAAGUGAUGACGUUUCCAUACUGAAACGAGGUGCCGAGAAGGCAACAAUGCUGAAUAUAGAUGUAUGGCUAGAGCCGUUUCGUAAACGAAUAAACACCCUCAGCGAUAUAUGCAGGGAUAUGGUCCGCGACAUUGAGCUGACAAUAAACAGCCGUCCGCCCUUUCGGGGUUCUUCUAUUCACAUACCUGCGGAGGAGGACCACCAUCAAAGUUUACAAGAUCUCCCGCCAUGCUCCUCUCGGUCAGUUGGAGGCUCUUUGCCGAGCUGUCAGCAAACCCCACAAGAACUGGCAAGACAUAAAAAAGUUCCGUUCCAGCAAACUUGGACGGAAGCCGGGGAGAACGGUCACUGUGAGCCGUACAAACGGCGUCUUAUACCUUUUCUACCCGGAGGUGAAGGUCACCAGGUCAUUUCUAAGGCAGAAUCUGGAGCAGCAGAGCCGGGAAACAACGGUUCUCUUCGGUUUCCUAUGUACAACAAGGCUGGCAAUGCGGCCACCGCGGUGUCCGCUGCCCGGGGAUCAGUGCCGUGUUACCCCAUGGCGUCAACGACAGUAGCGUUUCUAUCAGGAGAGGAAGAACAUGCAAGAGUGGCAGCGUUCACGAAGCAUCUUGCUGAGAUAGCAGCAAUACUGCGUAUCACUAAUCCCGACGCCGUCAAGCGCAAGCUCUUCGUGGCAGAAAAUUGCCCCUUUUUGAUCCCGCCCAGCGAGGCGGAGGACUUCUUCGCUUUCUCUAUCAUUCUAUACAGCUUAACGCUUCCCCAAAACUACCGGUGGAACCAAGGAGUCUAUAAGCUUCCACCGGCUGUCCAUGCUCUGUCGUGGGAGCUGAACAACGCGCUCCUGCGCCUGUGCAGAGCGAUUCCAGAAGACUGGCUACUGGAUCUUUACAACGUGAUUCCGCGCAAUCAAAGGGCAGGCUGGCAGCAACUCCUUCAGACAGUUGAGUCUCAACUUGAGGUAUUCACUCAGAGCUACCGAAAGUUUGAGGUGGAGUAUUGCACCCACAUGGCCAAACUACUUCGGAUGGUGUUUGAGCCUCUCGCCGUCAUGUGCCGCGAGUCCCGCGUUCUCCUCGAUAAAGCUAAUACGGGUCCUAUCGAAGGGGUAUCUUGGAUAAGUUAUGAACCGCCACGAAACAGGAAACAUGGAAGACCCUCUGCAUUUCCCGCCGAACAGGAGGAAACGGGGAGACGGCGGAAGGAUAGUCCUGCUCAAAAGUUCAGUGGCAGUCCAGAGCAGGGAGAUGAGAAAGCUGCAGUGACAGGCGACCCCCUCGGUGCCCGCAGAGAACAACAAAGGUCCCGUACUGCAAUGAUGCAGUACCAGAGAUCGUCUUGCUUUGAGGCAGUCUGCGAAACGAACCUGCUUCAACGGCUCUAUGAAUUGUAUACAACAGGCAGACUGAGUUUUGACUGCGAUCCCGUAGAGACCUUCGAUCCUGGAGUCCUUUACAGAGCAAAACGAAUUAGAUCAUUCCGGUAG